AUGGAAACCCAAAGUUUCCUUUUCAAGAAGAAAGCAAUGGAAAGUGCUGAAACAUUGGUCUGCGUGAAUCGAGUGAAGCAAGAAGAACCAGAAGAAUGGGACGAAAGUAUGCCAUUGCCCGGAGACAUCAUCGAAGGCUUUUCGGAAAAUGACGGCAACGACGAUUUAUUCACUCCCGCAAAAGGAAGAUCAGAGCUUAGUUCACAGCUACGGAAGAUAAAGGUGGAGACAAUAUGGGUGAAGGUUCGAAGAGGUAAUGGAACACUUAAGCUUCGUGUUCGUAUCGUGGCAGACAAGAGUUCGAUGUUGCAUAAGAGGUAUACGAUAAGAGCGGCUAGAGACGAUAGACAUGUUGCUGUUUUGGGUGAUUUAACGUUGGAGCAAUGCACAACGCUACAAGAAAUGAGCAGGAGGAUUGUGAAUGUGGAUUUUAGAGGGUUCAACAGAAAGGAAGUGAAGUAUGAUUGGAAGAAAACGGUGGGCACUUACUUGCCGGAUCAAGGAUCCACUGUGGUUAGUUCCAUGCUUUUCAUGCCCUUUACAGGUGAAUAUUACAUCGAGGCUACCAUUUCAAGGUGCAUGGCCUGGUUUUCAGCUGCCGUUUCUUCAGGGGCUCCUCUUGUCUUCGUCAAUAUCCAAACUGAACAAACUGUCACCUCGGAGAAAACAAAUCCUACAGCAAAGGAAAUAUGUCGAGGGAAGCAGCAGAAUACAACUUUACCUGUAGAAUUAGUGCAAGGCAUAAGGCUAUGGUUCUUACCAGGAGUUGAAGAAGUGUCACUUGAAAUGAUACCCAGACCGGGUGAAACUCGAUUCGGAAUAGAAAUAAAACGAACCGAUGAGGGUUUCAUAUGUGUAUUCUCAGUGACAGAAGGCUCGGCUGCCGACCGAGCUGGCUUGCAGCAGCUACUUGCAGAAGCAGAUGACAAGAAGCUUCUUCUUGUUAUAUCUCGAUUAGAAGGGAAGAGCGUUAUGCCAUCGAGCGUUGAUUCCGAUGGGUUCAUACAUUGUUGUGAUCACAAUGAAAUAAAGGACACAUUAACUUCGGCUAUUGAAGGAAUGGAUAUCGUUCAACUCCAUAUCAUGGCCUGGCCUAAUCAAACCCGUCUCUAG